UGGUGGGUUUGAUCGUACGGACCUACUGGGCUGUUCUUGGCGUGGUGCAGUAGUAUGCAUGCAUGCAUGAUUGAUUGCAAUCAUGCAUCAUCCUACGGGCUCGAUAAAUUUCUGGCGCGCGAUGUCAUUGGUAGAGGAGGUGGGGAGGAGGAGUUGCGGGGUAUCCCCCCAAAUGUCCGAAUGGGAGGAGAGAUGGGAGACUGGCAGAGUGGGGGCGGUAAUGAUGAUGAUGAGGAUGAGGAUGAUAGGGAUGAUGAUGAUGAUGACGAGGAGGAGGAGGAGGAGGAGGAGGAGGAGGAGGAUAGGAAUGACGGUGAUGAGAAGAUCAUUGCGAUGACGUGGCUGCGGCUGGCGAGGAUGCCGCUGAUGAUGACGUUGGUGAUGAGAUGGGAGACUGGCAGAGUGGGGGCGGUAAUGAUGAUGAUGAGGAUGAGGAUGAUAGGGAUGAUGAUGAUGAUGAUGAUGAUGAUGAUGAUGAUGGGGAGGAGGAGGAGGAUAGGAAUUACGGGCAGAUGUUGGGGAGGAAGGAGAAGCAGAGGGGUGAUUAGGGAGCGAGAGGGAGCAGGAGGAGGGGCAGGGGAUGGAGAAGAGAGGGAAAUCAUGAUGGCGGGAAAUAGGGCAGAUGUUGGGGAGGAAGGAGAAGCAGAGGGGUGAUUAGGGAGGGAGAGGGAGCAGGAGGAGGGGCAAGGGAUGGAGAAGAGAGCGAAAUCAUGAUGGCGGGAAAUC